UGAACGCGGGUUUCAAGCAGUGAAGUUUCACCCUCACGACUUUCCGUACUUAUGUGUGAUGGGAAGCGUGCUUUGUUUGUGUUGGAGGGAUUUUCUAUCGGUCUGUCUGAAACGUGUGUAGCCUACUGCUGGCCGUCGUAGUGGAAUAUCAUGGCGGCGAACUACCAAAACGUCACCAUAUCCUUAACACUGCCGAUUUCUUGUCAGAUUUGCCUCGGAAAGGUUCGUCAGCCAGUGGUGUGCUGCAAUCACCAUGUUUUCUGCUCUAUCUGCAUGGAGGUUUGGCUUAGCAAGGCCAGUCAAUGUCCUACCUGUAGGGUGCCCAUCACCCCUGACAACCCCUGCAAGGAGAUCAUAGGGGCGACAAAUGAGGGUGAUGCUCCUGCAAGCCCAACCAUGAAGAGACGUCUGAGGAAGACCAGAGGAGAACUGCUGCUGAAGGAGUAUGAGGAUGAAAUCGAGAGCCUGGUGAAGGAAAAUGAGGAGUUGCGAAACAAAAACCGUGCCUCUGAGAUGCAACUUGAAACGGUCCUGGAGCCCCGCGCUGUAUCAGUGUCCUGCAGCGAGGACCGGGGCCUCGACCUCACCGAACUGGAGGAAUGGGCCGACAAGCUGCGGGCAGCCACCGACCUCUAUGAGAAGGUCAAACAGGACAUGGAGAAGCUGAAAGAGGCAAACAAAACCUUGCGAGCCCAGAACGUGGACCUUGUCCAGGAGAACAUGCGUCUGAAGGCAGAGGUGGAGAGCCGCUCUCCACAGAAGUACGGCAGAUACACUGUAGCAGCUCUUGAGGCCAAGAUCCAGCAGUAUGAACGUGACGUGGCUCACUUGAAGAGGGCACUGGAGCGGAGCGACUGCUACAUUGAGGAGUUGGAGGCACAGAGAGACCAGGUGGCAAAUGCCAACACAGGCACCACCGAGCCCAAGGAGGAUGCCCACGCUGAGGGCACAUGGGUCGGGGACCUCCAGACGGACCGUCCCCUGGGUGAUCGGAUCACCACCAUGCGGAGGAGCCUGAGUGGAAUGGAGGAAAAGUUGGUGCGCACAGACUUGGACGGGGUGCCGUCUUGGGACCAGGGCCUUCUGCAGACGGCGACAACAAUGUCCGAACAACUGCUCCAGGACGCUGCCACCCCCCACAGAGCCAGGGGGGAGGCCGGAGAGCACACAGACGUCAGCUUGUCCUCGGCCGGCUUUGCCAGCCCAACCACACCCUCCGCAGCUUUCCACAGCCUGAGCCUAAGAAGCCCAUUGGUGCAGAGUGAGGGGAGGGUCAGGCGUGGGUGUGGCCAGGGUCGAGGUCCCCUCUCUUACCUGCGCAGGCUGAGCUUCGAUGGGUGUGGCUCCAGUGAAGCCUCUGCAGCCACUGACCAAAAACCUGUAGCUUCCAAAAAUUACCCAUUGGCAUCACCGUGGGUCACCCAGCAGUCCCUCAGAGGAGCAAAAAACACUGUCGAGUCCUCAGACGUCCCCCACGCCACCACAGGGGUCCUAAGCGCCUCUAGUGAGGCCUGCAUGGAUGCAGCAUAUCAAGAGAAGAUGAGUGAGUUGGACUCCCUGAUCUCUGAUGGCGAAGGCCCAAGUGGAGCUGCUGGAGCUCGCCUGCCUUUGCCCACUGCAGGGCAUAGCAGUGGCCAGGUAACCACUGGCACCACUAAGACUGAACUGGGGUUAUUAGAUAAAACCAGUACCACCGGCACAGAUGCCACCUCAAGGUUGGGGGCAGACGUACAGGAAAGUGGGCAGGGAAUGCUAUAUAGACCCAAGGUGACCCUCAUGACCUCUGUCGGGAUAAGACCAUCAUCAUCAUCAGCAUUGUCAUCAUCAUCAUCAGUGAUUGCAGCCCCAGUGACCAAACGCAGGUGUCCCAGCGACCCUCUUGCCUCCAGUCCAUCCAAGCUGUCCAAAUGCAGCUGAAUGCCCCUCGAUCUUCCCUCAUGACAUCCCGUGGUGAAUGUGAUCAGCUGAUAAAUGACCCAGAUUAAGCCUUUAGGCUUAUGAUCGCACCCAGCCUAUAUCUAGUUUUUAGCAGUCAGUCUGCUUUUAGAGUGACAUUUGAACUUACCUAAGGCUUGGGGGUUUAAAGGUCUUGAGCAGAGAGUGAAUCUUGGCUUUUUAUUAAAGUUACACAAUUUCUUAUAGGCCACUCAGUAUUCUGAUAUUGUGUCCUGGAAGUUGCCUUUAGUCUCCUUUUGCCAAUUAUGAAUGCUUAGCUGAUAGCGUAAAGUGAAUACAGGAUGGUUUUAAAUCAUUUGUUUUGACAAUCUCAAAAAAUGAAAAUAUGUGAUGUUGCAUGUGUGUUUUUUUUUUUUUUUUACAAACUGGAGAUGUUUUUGUACUUCUUUAUUUUCAAGAUUCAGCACCACACUACCCACAUAAUCAUGUCAUUGUA